AUGAGCACCACGAACGACCCCACAAACCAGCCAAAGGCUAAAGCGCGAACUGUAACGUGGCAGGAAAUUUCUAAAUGGCAGUUUGACAACAAGUAUAUCCUCAGUGGCUAUCGACCAGCGAAAGCAGAUUAUCUGGAGAUUUUUACUAGCCUGACCUUUUUGCACAACGAGUCUUGCAAUGUGUACACCCAUCUGAUCGGGGCUCUGCUCCUACCACUCGUCGCAACUACCUUCCAGCGGUACCUGGCAGAGCCUCAAUUUCUCAAUGUCUCGUUCAUGGACUACGCUAUAUUUGGAAUCUACUUCUGGUGUGCGGAGAUCUGUUUGGUCCUCAGCGCACUUUACCACCUAAUGCAACCCCACUCGCAUCAAGUAGAACAGUUCUGGCAUGGAAUGGAUCUGCUUGGUAUUGUUAUUGUGACAGUGGGCACAUUUUCUUCCGGCAUUUACUAUGUAUUCUUCUGUGAGACGAGCUUGCAGAAAUUGCACUGGGCUAUUGUAAUCUUAACCACGGGUACUGUCACUGGUGUUCUAAUCUCGAAUCCCUUGCUCAAAACGCCGCGAUGGCGGAAAGUGAAGGUGUGCGCCUUCGUUAUUUUUGGCGCUUCAUCGUUUAUACCCCUGCUGCAUGGAGUCCAACGAUACGGGCUUGAAUACAUGCUCCAAUACUCGGGGAUGAAAUGGUAUUUGCUUGAGCUUACUUUCUGGCACUGGAGUCGGUCUAUAUGCGCACCGGGUAAGUUCGAUAUUUGGGGAAGCUCGCACCAGAUCUUUCACAUCGCUAUCUUAUGCGCAAUGUACACACACCAGACUGCUCUUUUGCAAGGUUUCACAACCUGUCAUACCCUGGAUGUGUGUCAGCUUCAGGGUGUCUAUUGA